AGCUCGGAGCCUGAGGGUCCUGCAAGUGUCACGGUAAGUCGUUUGUUGAAAUUAUUCUUCAAUGACUCAUUUGUCAAAUGGAAACAGCUGUAUGUUAUUUUUUUACAGGAGAAAUCCAGCAUCUGGACUAAAGUGGAGCCAGAAGUGAAUGACUCAGCUGCAGGCGAGGCUACGACUUACAGACUCCAGUCUGCAGCAGGACACUUUAAGAACAGCGUCUCUGGUUUGCGAUGGGUUUGUAAGGAGGAGGUUGGCUUGAAGUACCAGUUUUGUUCUUGGGAGGGACACAUGGAGAGGAUGAAGAGCAGACAAUACUCACCUGCCGGUCCCCUCAUGGAUGUCAUGCUCAUCGCUGGGAAGAUAAAUGAGGUGCUCCUGCCACACUGGGUCUGCAUAGAUGACAUUCCCAACUUAUUACAGAAUUUUAAAGUCCUACACAUAAAUGACUGCGGGGAAGUUCUGGAGACGGCCUCUGAGGUCACACCAUCACACGUCAGGUUAACGGAACCGGACUUCUCGUUGUUAGCGGCCCUGGUCAGCUCCAUCUUUCGUGUUAAAGUCAGCUGUGACAUGUUGAUAUACUACCAACCCGACGCAACGUUCCUCAAGCUCCGCCUCUAUCUGAUUCCACAUGAUUCUGGUGUCAAAGAGGCAGUAAACAAGAGUGAAUCUUCCAGGGGAUUUGAAGAAAUCAAAAUGCAUCGACCAAACAAGUUCCUGAAGAUGCAUCAGGGCUUCAGCCUCAACGCUACUGUGGACACGGUGAAAGUCCAACCAAAGGAAAUAACUCUGAGGUACGACAGUCAAGACCCAAACUGCUAUGAAGUGUUGAUGAAGAAUCCAGACAGACAAUUCAGCCUUGAGCUCCGAAAAAGUUCCUCACCAAAAGAUGACCCGGUCUGGAUCUGUGAAUUUUGGGAAGGUGACUAUCCAAAGUCUGGACCUUCCAAAGAAGCCACUAGUGUCAGAACUGCAGCUCAUGCUAAAGAGGCAGGUGCAGCAGGACCAGGAGGACCAGCGGAAGCAUCCAGUACAACUGGAUCAGCAAAUAUGGAGCAAAAAAAGAUGUUGAAAGAGUCCCUAAUGAAUAUUUCUGCGGAGAACUUCAAUGCGUUUUUAGACGCGCUCUGGGGCCGCAAGGAGAAGCCGCGCAUCUUUCGCGUGAAGGUGGAGGGGAAAAGCCCCCUGGAGGUCGCAGAUGUGAUGAUAACCACUUUCGGGGAGCAGAGAGCUCUGGAGGUGGCAGAGGAAAUCCUCAGAUAUAUCAACUGCAACCAGGAUGCGGACGAACUCGCUAAAAAGGCAGGUGCAGCAGGUGCAGCAGGUGCAGCAGGUGCAGCAGGUGCAGCAGGUGGAGUAAGACCAGCAGGGACCAGCAGGACCAGCAGGACCAGCAGGACCAGCAGGUGCACCCAGACAGGGAGGACUUGGUCCAGAGGCCUUCGAUGGACCCCACGUUGAGUGAGCUGCUCUAAAACCGUCGUCCAGUGGUAGAUGUAAGCCAGAAUAAGAGCUCUGCCAACCUCUCAGGAGAAGAAGGGAGCUCUACGAUCCUGACGCCUGCAAAGACAUCUUCCUCAAAAUCCUUCGGAAGCAGCAGCCAUAUCUCAUAGCUGACCUCCAAAUGAAAUGGUUUGUGGUGAAAUCAAAAAAUAGAAAACCACCAAGAAAAUGUUUUCUCUGCAGUGGAAUAUAGCAGAGGGCUUUUUGUCAUGUGUAUUAUUUUACACCUAAAUUUGCUGGAAUUGGAAAGGUUUGAAAUCCCAGCCCUGAUCACUGAGCCUCAUAAAGACCUCGUUUUAUUUAUAAAAAAAGACGUGUGUGAGGUAGCUUUUAAUUUUUUUUUAAA